UGAAAUUAUGCAGCCUUAUUUGACGUUUAAUUAACAUUAUAGAAUGUUCCUGCCAAAAAUUUUAAAUUAAUUCGACCGGAAAUUCCUCUAUAAAUGCGUUUGUUUAUGGGUUCCGAAAAGUGAACGUUUCACGAGUCAACAGCAACGUCUUUCGAGAAGUUCCAGGCGCUUUUGCGACAUUUUUCUUUCUUUUAUCCGUCAUCUAAUGUUUGGUGUGAUGAAAUAACACAUUGAUUUAGGAGAAUUUUCAUUAUUAGUGUUCGUAGCAGUAAUUAAGUAACCGCUAGAUUACGAUAAAUCUAAUUAUGGGCGACGAAAGCCACCCGAAAACUCUUUACGUCGGUAAUUUGGACGCGAGUGUGACAGAGGAUUUCCUAUGCGCGUUGUUCGGACAAAUAGGCGAAGUAAAAGGUUGUAAGAUUAUUCGCGAGCCCGGCAACGAUCCAUAUGCGUUUCUGGAGUUUACAAACCACUCGGCGGCCGCCACGGCCCUGGCCGCCAUGAACAAGCGAGUGUUCCUCGACAAGGAGAUGAAGGUGAACUGGGCCACGAGCCCCGGCAACCAGCCCAAGACGGACACCAGCAACCACCACCACAUCUUCGUGGGUGACCUGUCGCCCGAGAUCGAGACGCACACCCUGCGCGAGGCCUUCGCGCCCUUCGGAGAGAUCUCCAACUGCCGGAUAGUGCGCGACCCACAAACGCUCAAAUCUAAAGGCUACGCCUUCGUCUCAUUUGUUAAGAAGGCUGACGCCGAAGCGGCCAUUCAGGCCAUGAACGGACAGUGGCUGGGAUCCCGCUCCAUACGCACCAACUGGUCCACCCGCAAACCCCCGGCCAACAGACCCAAUGAGGGUGCACCAAGCAACAAGCGGGCCAAGCAGCCCACAUUCGACGAGGUGUACAACCAGAGCUCGCCCACAAACACCACCGUGUACUGCGGAGGGUUCACCAGCAAUGUCAUUACGGAGGAGCUAAUGCAGACCACAUUCUCACAAUUUGGUCAGAUUCAAGAUAUAAGAGUAUUCAGGGAUAAGGGAUAUGCAUUCAUUAGGUUUACUACUAAGGAGUCUGCCGCACAUGCUAUAGAGGCGGUACACAACACAGAAAUAAGCAGGCACACUGUGAAAUGUUUCUGGGGGAAGGAAAAUGGUGGCUCUGGUGAUAACCAGAGUAGCAACAAUGCGGCAGCGCCCCCGGCGACGAUGAGCCCACAGACGGGGCAAUACCCCGGCUACCCAUACCAACAGGGCAUGGGAUACUGGUAUGCACAGGGCUACCCCGCGAUACAGGGCUACAUGGCGCCGGGGUACUACCAGCAGUACGCGACGGCGUACAGCAACCCGCAGGCUGCGGCGGCCGCCGGCUACCGCAUGAACAUGGGAGGCAACGGCGGCCCCGGCUGGAGCCAACAGCCGCUGGUGUACUCGGGCCCGCUGCCCUCCGCGCCCGCGCCCUACCCCUCGCAGUAACUACCCCCCGCCCCGCCCCCCGCCGCCGGGGACGUCGCCCGCGCGCCGCCGAGUUUGACAGCUGUCAGUGUCAGUUUGACGUUUGGUGUGACAGCAAAUAGGUUAGUGCGGCCAACUUGACUGAGCGGUCAUAGACUAUUUUUUAUGCGAUAUUCGGAAUGAUGAGAGGCAUAAUGUUUGUGAUGGUUUAGUUGAGUUGGUGGCACUGUACGGCCUUUGUCGGGUACUGGCUCAAUUAAUACUGCGCAAAGUGAUUUCUUGGAUUGGGGUAGAGUUUUGAUACUAUUCCGAUAUCGGCGUGUCCAUGAAGUGGAUUUUAAGAUUGCAUGUUAAUUGUGGCCGUGAGUGCGGGUUGUAUGAGGAUGCCGUAUUAUCAAUCUAUUUCUGUUUGUCGGAGUGAGGUGGAUUUCCUAACUAGAGGUAGAUGUAGACGGAAUAGUUUGUAGACUCAAAUUCUAUCUGUAGUUAGGAAAUAUAUCGGCAGAUGGCAUAUUGUUGGCGGUUGCAUAUCAUAUAAGUUUGGGCCGCCGACUUUAUACCAUUUAUAACUCAAAAAACAUCAAAUUCCGAAUUGAAGAACUGAUAACAGAGUAGUAAGAGGGAAUAAUUGUGAUGGUGUAAAUAUAAACUUAGUAUUUGUUAGAUAGAGGUUUACACCAUACCAAAACACUUCUGUAACUAAAAAUAUACAGCGGUUCUAGACUGCGUAACAACUUUUGUAUUGAUGCUGGUUUCUGUAUUACCGCCAUAUGACUAACAGUCAAUUAUGUUGGAAUUAUACAACUAUCAGCUAGAAUAUAGAGUGUGCGGUGUCAAAGAACGGUUCUCAAAACUAUAAUUAUCAUGCGCUCAAACUUAUGUCGGUGUCGUAAUGAAGCUGUAAGUUUAUCAGUAGAUCUUCGGUAGGGUCCGUUCAUUUCAUAUUCCGUUUGCAAUAGUACGUACUUUGCGUCAUUACAACACCUGCUAGAUGUAUAAGACUGCAUAUUGAGCGAAACGUAAAACUUAUUGACGAUACGAAGCUGUCAAACUGAUAGGAACGUAGACCGGUGCCUUAACAACCCCACUGCCGCGAUAUACGCAGUAAAACUACAUUUGAUACACGUUUUUAUAAGUCCCGAGUGAGAGUUUCUUUACUUAGGUACUGACAAUAAGGUAAGCUCAGGUCACAUGGUCUCGACAGACUAAGCACAAGUAUUCCCGUCGGUAGAGAGCGCGCACGGUCCCGGCCCGGCUCCCUACAUAGAUAGGAACGUAACGAAAUAAAUUAUAAAUUUUUAAAAAAGGUUAUAAAAGUAUAUAGAGGGGGUGUAGUUAUGCGAGUGGCCUCGUGUACAUAAACGUUAUUUAUUGGCGCCAGCGGCCCCGCGCUACACGCCAGCCCGCUGCCGGUUAUAUUAUGUUCGGCACAUGUUGUUUUGUUUGACCUGAAUUGUUAUGAUUUAUUGUAUGGAAACACUGGUGAGUCAAUAAAGCAGUGGGCCUGGGUCAGCGAGUGUUUGAUUUGCAAUCAAUCGUGGAAUCAGUCGUUCUGUGCGACUGUCGGAGUAGAGUCUUCCGUCCCGAUCACUCCCGUGUGGGGGAGCGAGAUGGAAGAUGGUCGCUCGACACGGGCGCGGAGCAAAACGCAGGUGGGAGUUACAUCAAGCUAAUUUCGACCUUACCGCCUUAAAACAACACUGGAAUUGAGAAAAGCAAUAAUUAAAGUUGAAAAUAUUUGACGUAUCUUCCAUCUCAUGUUGAUUGUAUCAAAUAAUGUAUGCAAAAAUGCUAACUUGCCUUGUUAUUAGUACGCACAUACAUUCCUACAGUUUUUCUUUGCGUAUAAAAAUCAACUUCAGCUCUGCAUGGUAAGGAACUUAUCAUGUUUUUGAUCUCAUGUUUUUGACUUCCUCUCAGUUAAAGCUCCGAUCCUGAAACCAAAUAUUUACUUUUUACAAGUUAGCAUUUUUGCGUAAACACCUACAUUAAUUUUGGGUCCAAAAUUACUGAAAGCAACACCUUUACUUCUGUAAGGAAGUAUGCAAUUUAAUUGGAAGUCUAAAAAUUAUUGUAAAUUACUAUAGAGGUCAUUUUGUAAAAGGAAAAUAAAUAGUUUAAGUUGAA